UCACACGUGGUGCGUCAGGUGCGUGACGUAAUAUCGGCAGUGUUUACGUGCCGGCGACGCUCGAUCGAGAGAGAUCGAGUUGUCGCGAAGGUGAGAACAAUCGGCAAAUCGAAUCUUGUCUAUUUUACUGUAAAAAUGGCUCAGUAUCCGCCCAUUAACGUACGUCUGGCGGUGAAUAGGGUAGACUUCAAUCUGAUAGCGAACGAGGGCAUCCAGCCGCGGCUCUACACACCCGGCGAGGAGAUAUCCAAUCAGCCGGAUUUCUUAAGAGGCCACGGGACCUACGUCGACGAGGAGAAAACGUUGCGCGCCUCGGUCGCUGGGAUUCUGGAGAAGGUGAACAAGCUCAUAUCGAUCAGGCCCUUGAAGGCACGCUACAACGGUGAGAUCGGGGAUCUCAUUGUGGGAAGGAUAACGGAAGUACAGCAGAAGCGCUGGAAAGUCGACGUAAACGCCAAGCUUGACGCUGUCCUAUUAUUGUCCAGCGUUAACUUGCCUGGUGGUGAAUUGAGGAGAAGAUCCGCCGAGGAUGAGCAGACGAUGCGCAGGUACUUGCAGGAGGGAGACCUGAUUUGCGCGGAGGUGCAGUCGAUCUUCGCCGACGGCUCGCUCUCUUUGCACACGCGGGUGUUGAAGUAUGGCAAACUGUCGCAGGGGAUCAUGCUGAAGGUGCCGCCGUUGUUGAUACAACGUAAGAAGACGCACUAUCACACUCUGGAGAGCGGCGCGACCCUGAUACUCGGUUACAACGGCUACGUGUGGAUCGGCGCGAGCAUUCAGAACGUCGACAAGUCCGAGGGUGGCUUCACCGAAGAUCUGUCGAAGAUCCCGGUCGAGAAUCGCGGCGUUUGCACGCGGCUGCGUAACUGCAUCUUGAUCCUGGCGCAAUGCAACAUGCUGCUGUCCGACACCUCGGUGACGUACGCUUAUGAAGAGUCCUCCAAGUACGAGGUCUUGGGAACAGGUAGUCGGCAAGUAGCGUUGAUAGACAUGGACGCAUGUUUCAAUGCCUUCGAUAAAGACGGCGACGGAUUCCUGUCGAUCUCCGAAUUCGAUCUCAUAUGCCGCGCAUUGUUUCGAAAUGACCGCGGCAAGAUUUACGGUUUCGAAGAGGAUCAACUGCGCGAGGUGUACGCUAUCUUUGAUCUCAAAGGCGACGGCCUGAUCGACAGGGAAGAGUUUGAGGUCUGCUGGAACCGAUGGAUCAAAGUAUGCACGCGUCCCAAGGGCGCCUUCCUGAUUGUGGACGUGCAAAAUGAUUUUAUAACAGGUUCCUUGAACAUAAAGCAUUGCGCCGCGCAGCACGAUGGUUCGGAAGUGAUCGACCCGAUUAAUCGAUUGCUGGAAACUGUGCCGUUCGACGCGGUGUUUUACUCCUUGGAUUGGCAUCCCGUGGAUCACGUAUCCUUCAUUGAUAAUUUGCACUUGAGAGAGGUGGACAUCAGCAGCAAUAUCUCGAAGGAAGCGGCGCGGGUGUACGACACAGUGACGUUCCAGGGACCACCGUUGCUGAAGCAACGUCUGUGGCCGCGUCAUUGCGUGCAGGACUCCUGGGGUGCUGAGCUCCACAAGGACCUGAAGAUCGUCGACAACUCAAUCAAGAUCUAUAAGGGCACGAACCCGGAGGUCGACUCAUACUCGGUGUUCUGGGACAACAAGAAGCUCACUGAGACCACGCUGUCGUCGCAGCUGCAAGAAAAGGGUGCCACCGACAUCUUCAUCUGCGGCUUGGCCUACGACGUUUGCGUAGGCGCCACCGCGGUAGACGCGCUCACCAGCGGUUACCGCACUAUAUUGAUCGACGACUGCAGUCGCGGCGUGGAUCUCGUCGACAUCGAGAAGACCAAGGCCACCGUAAUAGGCAGCAACGGUGUAAUAGUGAAUUCCAGCCAGGUGAAGGCCAUGGUGGAGGGGAGAGACCGACGGCCGGAGCUCGGUUACAAGCUCGCGUUGGAGAUUAAGCAAAAAUUGAGCCUCGGUGAAUAAUUGUAGCAAACAGUAUAGUAUAUCUAGAAACGUUCGAUUGGUAGAUUAUAACAUGAGAGGCCGUAAUCUCGCAUUUCGAAUCAGCUUUUAUAAGCAUAGGACAGUUGAAAAUAAAAAUGAGAGAAAAAAAACGAAGAAAAAGAUACAGAGACGAAUUAUAGAAUGGAUAUAUCUGUUUUCGCUGAGCGUUAAAGCAGUUCAAUUAGAUAUUAGGAAGUAAACGUUGAAUUUGUUGUUAAAUCUGUUAUCUUUUUGGAAGGAAUUCUUUAAGAGAGAUACAGUUUAUAAAAUGGAAUUUAUAUAUUGGAUCUAAGAUCUGAAAGAGUGAUAUACGCAUUUAAACUUACAAUUAGUAUAGACUAGUAUAUGAAAUUUGGUCGAUUUUAGAACUUACUGAAAAAGGCUAUUUGUUAAAUAUGUAUAUAUGAAUAAAUUGAGUCAAGGAUAAUUUAUCUAUGUGCAUGUAUGUACAUACAUACAUACAUAUUUAUAGGAGAGUGAAGUUUGUCGGAAACAGAAUUUUCAGAAUGAGUUCCUAUAAAAGUAUUGAUUACGCUAUAGAAUAAUAAGGGAUUAAAUUAAAAUCUUAGGACGCGCGUGCUACACGUGUGUGUUGCUACACGCAAAAUUUUAAUAAUUUUAAAUAUUAUUUUGAGAAAAUUAAAAGAAGCAUCGAGCUUUAUUACGCUUUUUAUUUAUGCUGGUGGAACGUAAUAAUUUAUGCGUUAAAUGUUCCUGAUUUACGAUAGAUUUUGCUAAUACUGAAAAUAAAUUAUUCAUACAAAUA